UUGAAAAUAAAUAUAUACUUUUGGAUUGAAGUUAGGAAGUUAUUUAUUUUCAAACUGAAUGUUUUCAAUGAUUAGAUGUCCCUUCAAUAUCUGGUCUCCCGUCUACUCUUUGUGUGGUGGAAGAAUCACAACUGUGGAUCAACUGCAGUAACUACACUUCACCAGGCAACCCGGCAACAACUAACUACACAUGGAGCUAUGGACAAUCAGUGUUCAGUACUGAGGAAGUACUUCAAAUAGACGACGUUAACAGAACUGAAGGAGGACAGUACACUUGCACUGUCAGCAACCUUGUUGGGUCGGAGUCUGCUUCUGUCAGCGUUGACGUACAAUACGCUCCACUGACAUCUGGGUUUCCUUCGACGUACCGAGUAACUGAGUCAUCUAGUCUCAGGAUAGACUGUAGCAAUUACACCACAGCAGGGAAUCCUCCCAGUACAAGCUACAUGUGGACCUAUGGCGGUUCUACUGUCAGUACAGGGGCGGUUCUUGCCAGAAGGAACAUCAGCCCUGACCAGGGAGGACAGUACACCUGCAUUGCCAGCAACACUUUGACACCAUACGUAGGGACUCCACGACAAGGCAUUGCAACAGCACAAAUCAAUGUGGAUGUUCAUCAUGCCCCUUCAAUAUCUGGUCUCCCGUCUACUCUUUGGGUGGUAGAAGAAUCCCAACUGUGGAUCAACUGCAGUAACUACACUUCACCAGGCAACCCGGCAACAACUAACUACACAUGGAGCUAUGGACAAUCAGUGUUCAGUACUGAGGAAGUACUUCAUAGACAACAUUAACAGAACUGAAGGAGGACACUACACGUGCACUGUCAGCAACCUUGCUGGGUCAGAGUCUGCUUCCGUCAGUGUCGACGUACAAUAUGUGCCAUCUAUAUCUGGCUUUCCCCCAAUCUUCCGGGUGAUCGAGUCUUCAAGAUUGUGGAUUGACUGUGGAGCAUACACCACGCAUGGACAUCCAGCAGUAACACGCUAUUCUUGGACCUUCAAUGGUUCCCAAGUCAGUGCCAGUUCUCUGCUUGGAAUAGACGGCAUCAGUAGAGGCCAAGCAGGACAGUAUACCUGUACUGUUCGCAACACUCUGACACCAAGUGGAGGAUCUGAACAGCAAGGAGAAGCAACAGCCAAGGUUAACGUUGACGUGCAGUACCCGCCAACACUUACCGCAUUACCGUCAACGCGGAGAGUCACAGAGAUGUCCACAUUACGUAUAGACUGUCACAGUGCCUCUACACCAGGAAACCCAUCAGUGACAAGCUACACAUGGACAUAUAACGGUUCUAGCGUCAGUAAGGAGGCUGUGUUGACUGUGUACAAUAUCAGCAGGAGUCAGAAGGGGGAAUAUGUAUGCACAGCUAGUAACACUCUGACCCCAAGUGGAGACGCUCAACGGCAGGGUACAGUCGACAUACAUAUCAAUGUUGAAGUCGAGUUUCCCCCUUCAAUAUCCGGACUCCCGUCUACUCACUGGGUGGUGGAAGAAUCACAACUGUGGAUCAACUGUAGCAAGUACACCUCACCCGGCAACCCGGCAAAAACCAACUACACAUGGAUCUAUGGACAGUCAGUGUUCAGUAAUGAGGAGGUUCUUCAAGUAGACAGCAUCAACAGGACCAAGGCUGGACAGUACACCUGCACUGUCAGCAAUGUUGUUGGGUCGGAGUCAGCUUCCGUCAGUGUUGAUGUACAAUAUGCACCAUCUCUAUCUGGCUUCCCGUCUUCCUACCAAGUAGUUGAAGACAGUGAUCUCUGGAUCAACUGUAGGAACUAUACUUCACCCGGCAACCCUAGAACAAGCAACUACACAUGGAGCUAUGAGGGAUCUGUGUUCAAUGCCGUGGCUGUUCUUCAAGACCGUGGCAUCAACAGAACUGCAGGAGGUCUAAACACAUGCACAGUUAACAACGAAGUCGGUUCAGAUUCAGCCACAGUCAAUGUCAUUGUACAGUAUGCUCCUUCUUUGUCUGACUUCCCAUCGUCUCACGGAGUGAUAGAGGCAUCCAGAGUGUGGGUAGACUGUAGCAGCUACAUCGUCCAAGGACACCCUCCGACAAAAACUUCACUUGGACAUUGAACAGUUCUGUCAU